CCUAAACCAGGCCUGGUUUGAGCCUCUUUGUGGGAAGAAAAGCUUUUGGUGUUUGCUCCUUGCCCCUCCGGGGACUGGAUAAGGAAGGAAAUUCAUUUGUAAGAGGAACCCGGGGAUGUGGGAUCCAGGCGCCCCAAGGCGGUGCCACGGGUGGGGGUGCGGGGUGACUAGGAGAGUGUUCCCGGCUGGCCCCAUGAACACAGGUCUCAGGCGUCAACGUGUUCUCAGGACAGCCCAGUUGCCCUACACCUGCAGGUCUUCUAAGGCCACAGCAGCUUUCUCAGCUCCCGAGUGGAGACAGGCGGCUCUCCCACGGGCCCUUUGCACACCUACCUCUCCCCCUCUUUCUCCAAUUCACUCCCCUCACUUUUCAUCUCAGCUUUUCUCUUUCUCAGGAAGACUUCCUCUCCCUUAAGAGCCCACCUCUGCUGCAUCCUGUAUCUUUCAUUCUAGCACUUGUCCCGUUGCCAUUUUCUGUUCAUUUGUAGAGUUAUUUGAUUUAGAUCUACCUCCCCCACUGGACUUCCAGCUUCCUGAGGAGAGGACCCCUGUCUGACUUCCACAGCCAUGGUAUCCUGUCCCGGCCGGCGGGACGUUCAACGGAAGCUCCAAAUCCUGUGAGGGAGGAAUGGUGUCAGAUGCUGUCCUAUGGCGAGAGGCUGGGGGCCCAGGCUGUCUCCCCAGUGCCGGUCUGCAGUGGGCACAUGAUGAGCGGGGCUGCCUUUGCCUAUGUGCCCAGCCCACAGGUCCUGCACAGGAUCCCAGGGGCCUCCGCCUAUGCCUUCCCCAGCCUGGGCCCUGUGGCCCUCGCCGAGCCUGGCUGCCCCUACGGGGAGGUCCUGGAGCUCCCCGAGCCGCUGCCUGCCAAGCUGGCCCUGGAGGAGGAACAGAAGCCAGGUGGGCCUGGGGGGCAAGUGGGAGUGGCAGCCACUCUCCCAGCCCCCUGCCCACUAUGCUCGUGGCCACCCCACCCCACCCCAACCCCAACCCCAGAGCCCGGGUGGGCCCAGAAGCUGCGCCAGGCCGCCACAAUGCUCCUCAAGGUGCCGCUGAUGCUUGCCUUCCUCUACCUCUUCGUCUGCUCCCUGGACGUGCUCAGCUCGGCCUUCCAGCUGGCUGGAGGGAAGGUGGCUGGUGACAUCUUCAAGGACAACGCCAUCCUCUCCAACCCGGUGGCAGGGCUGGUGGUAGGGAUCCUGGUGACGGUGCUGGUGCAGAGUUCUAGCACCUCCACGUCCAUCGUCGUCAGCAUGGUCUCCUCUGGCUUGCUGGAGGUAAGCUCUGCUAUCCCUAUCAUCAUGGGCUCCAACAUCGGCACCUCCGUCACCAACACCAUCGUGGCCCUGAUGCAGGCAGGAGACAGGACUGACUUCCGGAGGGCCUUUGCGGGGGCCACGGUGCACGACUGCUUUAACUGGCUGUCAGUUCUGGUCCUGCUGCCCCUGGAGGCAGCCACCGGGUACCUGCAUCACGUCACUUGGCUCAUAGUGGCCUCCUUCAACAUCCGCGGCGGCCGGGAUGCUCCGGACCUGCUUAAGAUCAUCACGGAGCCCUUCACUAAGCUUAUCAUCCAGCUGGACAAGUCCGUCAUCACCAGCAUUGCCACCAGUGACGAGUCCCUGAGGAAUCACAGUCUCAUUCGGAUCUGGUGUCGCCCAGAUACCGGGAAGGUGAGUCCCAGGCCUGGCCCCCAGGUGAGAGGACUCCCUCUGCAGGCAGCCACCUGCUGGUUUCAUCGUCCACUCAAAAUCCUCCAGGUAUACCUUAGAGAUAGUUAAACCUGGAGGACAAAUAGGUGAGCCCCUUACUGUGAUACUGUGCCUGUGGCAGACAUUGCUAAUCCCUCCCAGCCUCCCAUGGUGCCUUAGGCAGACAUGACC